AAUGGUUAAUUUAUAAUAUGACCAAUGUGUUAGACUAGCCAGUUCUUCAUCUUGGAAGUCUCAAUUAAAAACUACAUAUGCAAAACUACCCUUGUCGUUUUACAAUGCAAAUUCCGAUAUAUCAUAUGUUCCCUUUGAACGCUUCAAAACCAAGUGCUAAUGACUUUGUCGUUACAUGUUUACAGGUUGGAAGGAAAAGUGGCAAUCGUCACCGGCGGCGCCAGAGGGAUCGGAGAAGCGACGGCGAGGCUUUUCGCCAAGCACGGGGCGAAGGUCGUCAUCGCCGACGUCGAGGACAAGCACGGAGAACUCCUCGCCGACACGCUUGGAGCCUCAGUAUCCUUCGUCCACUGCGACGUCAGCUCCGAAGAAGACAUCGAAAACCUAAUCGAAUCGACCGUUUCCCGGUACGGACAGAUCGACAUUCUGUUCAACAACGCCGGGGUGCUCGGGAGCCAGUCUAGACACAAGAGCAUCAUUGACUUCGACGCCGACGAAUUCGACCAAGUAAUGCGGGUGAACGUGAGGGGAGUUGCCCUCGGGAUGAAGCACGCGGCGAAGGCGAUGAUCCUGCGGGGCGGCGGGGGGUGCAUAAUUUCCACCGCCAGCGUCGCCGGCGUCAUGGGAGGGCUCGGUCCUCACGCCUACACCGCGUCGAAGCACGCCAUUGUUGGCCUCACCAAGAACGCGGCUUGUGAAUUAGGGAAGUACGGAAUUAGGGUUAAUUGCAUUUCUCCCUUUGGAGUUGCCACGUCAAUGCUGGUCAAUGCUUGGAGAUCUUGUGGUGAGGAAGAUGAUGAUGAAGAAAGUUUGAAUUUUGGGUUGCCUAGUGAGCAAGAAGUGGAGAAAAUGGAGGAGUUUGUGAGAGGACUUGCUAAUUUGAAAGGUCCAACUUUGAGGGCUAAAGACAUAGCUGAAGCUGCUCUUUAUCUUGCUAGUGAAGAGUCUAAGUAUGUUAGUGGUCAUAAUCUAGUUGUGGAUGGGGGAAUUACCACCUCAAGAAAUUGUGUUCGUUUGUAAAUUUUUAAAUUUGUUUUGUUUGGAAAUAUAGAUAUUUAAUUGAAUUUUUUUU